UAAUAUGUGCGAAAACGAUCAGAUGGUUGUCAUUAAGCACUCGGCCUUUGAAAUCGAUAUCUUAAGGAUGAUAUUGAGGUUUAAUUUUGAAGACCAGUAUUUUAUUGUCAAUGAGCUAACAGCAAUCAUACUGUUUAAUCCUAACCGUCCGGGCCUACAGAACCAGCACAUUCUUAAACACAAUUUAAAUGUGAUUUUGAUGAAAAAUGCCAAAUUACUGUCGAAACUCGAGCUGAAUUUAAUACUCAUUAAGUACUCAUCCCUUGAAAUCGAUAUCUUAAGAAUGCUUUUGUGUUUCUAUUAUGAGGACAACUAUUUUAUUGUGACCGAGUUAACUGCAAUAAUUCUGUUUAAUCCCGAGAGACCAGAUUUGAUUCAUAGAGAAAUGGUUAACGUGAUUACCAUGACUUUGGUGGUGAUUAUUGGACUAUUGGUCAAUAGUGGACUUGUUGUGGACGCGGCACUGGUACCAAAAGCUAAUGUGCCUGAGACAGAGUCGUGGGAUUGCAGUGACCAUGGAAAAUGUCACCAUGAUUGA